CUUGGUAGUUGUUACUAACUAAACAUUCGUGCAAUGGGUAAAGCUUCUUAUCUUUAUCUCUCGUCCAUAAACUCAUUAUAUAUUACUGUAGCUUAAACCACAAUCUUUACACAUAUAAAAAACAACAACACAUCAAUUUGUGAGAUACCAAUAUGGAGUUUGUGGCAAAUCAAUUCUCUUUACUGGAAUUUUUUGAUAAUUUCGUUGAGAGGGUCAAAUGGGUUGGUGUCCUCGUCGUCUCAGUUAUCAUCGGGAAUAUCUUUUCUGCGAUCUUGACUUUCUGUUUCGCAUUUGUGGGGACUUUUUUGGGGGCUAUGACUGGAGCCUUUAUAGGGCAAGAAACUGAGAGUGGCUUCAUUCGGGGUGCUGCUGUUGGUGCUAUGUCAGGAGCUGUUUUCUCUAUUGAAGUCUUUGAAUAUUCUCUUGAUCUUUGGCGUUCUAAUGAAUCUGGAAUUGAUUGUCUCUUAUACUUGAUUGAUGUUAUUACUAGUCUAAUGAGUGGGAGACUUGUACGUGAAAGGAUAGGUCCAGCGAUGUUGAGUGCUGUCGAAAGUGAGAUGGGUGAUGAUGAAAUGAGCUUUUAUGAGUUUCAAAGCUUCUUUGACAUUGGCGAUACAAGAGGUUUACCAGUAGUUUUAGUUGAAAAGAUUCCAACAAUCUCAAUCACAAGUAACGACAAUUUUGAUGCUUCUGGCUAUAGAGUUUCAUGUUCAGUAUGUCUUCAGGACUUGCAAGUUGGAGAGAGAGUUAGAAGGCUGCCCCAUUGUCAUCAUAUGUUUCACCUACCUUGCAUUGAUAAGUGGCUCAUCAAGCAUGGUUCUUGCCCAUUAUGUCGAAGAGAUGUUUAAUAAUUUUGUACAUACCACCGUCAAAAUAGCUUCUAUCUUUCAUUGUUUAUACUCCUCUCAUAGGAUAUAGUUAUUAAAUAUUAUUUAUUCUAAUAAUUAUUGUAUUAAAUUGCUUGAGAGAUAUGCACAUAUUUUAAAAAAUA